AACUGAUCUGAAUUCCAACAGGUCCCAGGAGCAGCCUAACUGUCUUCUCCAGUAACAAGGCCUGGGGUCAUCAUGGCAGCAGGAGUAGCAGCAUGGUUGCCCUUUGCCAGGGCCGCCGCCAUAGGAUGGAUGCCAGUGGCCAACUGCCCCAUGCCACUGGCUCCAACAGAGAAAAACAAGAGGCAGGAUGAGCUGAUCAUUCUCAACGUGAGUGGCAGGCGCUUCCAGACCUGGAGGACUACACUGGAGAGAUACCCAGACACUCUCCUGGGCAGCACCGAGAAGGAGUUCUUCUUCAACGAAGACACUAAGGAGUACUUCUUUGACCGGGACCCUGAGGUCUUUAGAUGCAUCUUAAAUUUUUAUAGAACUGGCAAGCUGCACUACCCCAGGUACGAGUGCAUCUCUGCUUACGACGAAGAGCUUGCCUUCUACGGGAUCCUCCCUGAAAUCAUUGGGGACUGCUGCUAUGAAGAAUACAAAGACAGAAAGCGGGAAAACGCGGAGCGGCUGAUGGAUGACAAUGACUCAGAAAACAACCAAGAAGGGUCCAUGCCAUCCCUGAGCUUCCGGCAGACCAUGUGGCGAGCCUUCGAGAACCCCCACACCAGCACCUUAGCCUUAGUCUUUUACUACGUCACCGGUUUCUUUAUUGCUGUCUCUGUGAUCACUAAUGUCGUGGAAACUGUCCCUUGUGGCACGGUGCCUGGAAACAAGGAGCUUCCAUGUGGGGAAAGGUACGCUGUGGCCUUCUUUUGCUUGGACACAGCUUGCGUGAUGAUUUUCACAGUUGAGUAUCUGUUGAGACUCUUUGCGGCCCCAAGUCGCUACAGAUUCAUUAGAAGUGUGAUGAGCAUCAUCGACGUGGUGGCCAUCAUGCCAUACUACAUCGGCUUGGUGAUGACCAACAACGAGGAUGUCAGCGGAGCCUUUGUGACACUAAGGGUGUUCAGGGUUUUCAGGAUUUUCAAGUUCUCUCGCCAUUCCCAAGGCUUAAGAAUCUUGGGCUACACUUUGAAGAGCUGUGCCUCCGAGCUUGGCUUUCUCCUCUUUUCCCUCACUAUGGCAAUCAUCAUCUUUGCAACUGUGAUGUUUUAUGCAGAGAAAGGGUCCUCGGCAAGCAAAUUCACCAGCAUUCCUGCUUCCUUUUGGUACACUAUUGUAACCAUGACAACACUGGGUUAUGGUGACAUGGUGCCCAAGACAAUUGCUGGGAAGAUAUUUGGCUCCAUUUGCUCCCUGAGCGGGGUGCUGGUCAUUGCUCUGCCGGUUCCAGUCAUUGUUUCCAACUUCAGCCGAAUUUACCACCAGAACCAGAGAGCCGACAAGCGGAGAGCGCAGAAGAAAGCCCGGCUUGCAAGGAUUCGAGUGGCCAAGACAGGCAGCUCCAACGCUUACCUUCACAGCAAGCGCAACGGCCUCCUGAACGAAGCCCUCGAGCUGACGGGAUCCACUGAAGACGAACAGCAUAUGACUAAAGGCACCUCCUUAAUUGAAAGCCAACAUCACCACCUGCUGCACUGCCUGGAGAAAACAACCGGAUUGUCCUAUCUUGUGGAUGAUCCCCUGUUAUCUGUACGAACUUCCACCAUCAAGAACCACGAGUUCAUAGAUGAGCAACUGUUCGAGCAGAACUGCAUGGAGAGCUCAAUGCAAAACUACCCUUCCUCUCGGAGCCCCUCCUUGUCAAGUCACCAUGGACUGACCACCUCCUGCUGUUCUCGCCGUAACAAGAAGACCACCCACCUUCCCAACUCCAGUGUGCCAGCCACUCGCCUCCGGAGUAUGCAGGAGCUCAGCACCAUCCACAUCCAGUGCAGUGAGCAGCCCUCGCUUACAACAAGUCGUUCCAGUCUCAACAUGAAAUCAGAUGAUGGGCUGAGACCGAACUGCAAAACUGCCCAGAUAACGACAGCCAUCAUCAGCAUCCCCACGCCGCCGGCACUCACGCCAGAAGGCGAGAGUCGGCCUCCGCCCAGCAGCCCCAGCCACUCCACGAACAUUUCCACCACCACCACAAGCAACAUAGUCAAGGUCUCUGCCUUGUAAGACGUCUCAUGCACAGAAGGAGGCUAGAAGACCAGUGCCCCUCUCCCUCCACACCUCCAUGUUCCUUUCUUGCUGCAAAUUGUGCCUGGAUGGACCAACCUGACAUUUUGUCAUCGAAUUCGCAAUGGAGACCUAACGAGGCAGCUUUCUUCAGACUCACAUUCAAGCUGUGGACUGAGGGAGGAUUAGGAGAGGGAGGAAGAGGCUGGUUAAAGGAAAAACCUGCACGGAGGGCGUGUUGUGCCAUGGUACAGGGCAAAAAUCACCUGCGGAGGCUGGAGGGAAAGAAUCAUCAUGGCAACAAGAGAGUCAAUAAAGGAAAUAUAACACUGUGUAUCGCAGCACCUUUUUAAAGGUUUUUAAUGGAUAAUAUUUAUUCAUGAGGAAAUGACUGAAAAGGUGAAAAACAAUGGAUUUUGUGAAUUUUUUUUCUUCAUGGAGCAGAACCUUUAAACCAACCAAAAUUUCACAUUUUUUUUCUUUUAUAGGAAAAGAUUUAGACAAAGAAGCCACCUGUCACAGAAAUCUAUUUCCAUUCCUGUGUGUGUGCGUGCGAGUGUGCAGCAGAACCACGUGAGCCCCGCUGAAUUACAAAGAGCAGAGCACGUUUCCAUCAUUGGGUGCACAGCAGGAAAAUCCAAGCAUGUGUCAGCACACACAUGUGCACACGCGCGCACACACACACACACCUACUUCACCCUGGAUGGCAUUCUUUAUUUAGACAAUUUUGUAUCCGCAUUUUAAGUCAAUACAGUGCAAUUGCAAACAGUGUGUUUGUCUGCUAAUUAUUGUCUGUGAAAACAUAUUUGUGGAAAAAAAAAAGACAGGCUUUAGUAGAGUUUUAGUCCCACAUGGAUAUCUGCUUUCUAUUUUUGUUAUCACUUACUUGUAAGAGUGUGACUAGACUACCGGUUCUGUAUUUUUAAAAAGGAAAAAAAUAUAAGGUAGGAUUCUUUUUUAAUACUGUACACACAAAUGGCAAAGAAGAGAAAGCACUGAACUCAACUGCAUCAAGCGUUCCUAAGUCUAACAGAGGUUUCUUGUAACGUAUGCCCAUGCUUUCUUGUUUUUGUUUCUAUAUAUAAAUUUCUUUGCUAGCACUGGACAUACAACCCAUUGUAAAUAGUAGCCAAAUAACGUCUGGAUCUAUACUUGAUAAUAAUGAACCCCAGAGCCAAAUAUCUUGCAUGGACAGAGAGGUAUUUGGCUUUUUCACAGUCUUAGGGCUCCAGUUGUCGCAUCAAUGGCUUCUGGGUUGCACUGGUUUUGAGGGCAGGCUAGGUUAGCAGUUUUAGUUCUCCAGUCCCAGCACAGGAUCUACAGCAUGCAUCCACUUGAGAAAGGGGAGCAGUACUGGAGGCUGGAAAGCAUUUCAUAGUGUGUUACAGACAGCAUUUUCUUUUUGCAGUUCUACACUUAGUUUGGGAAAAGUCACGUACUUCUCGUCAACCAAAAACUGAAGUAACACUGUGUGGUACUGCCAGGAAGCAACUACUUCUCACUAAGCUGUUGUUGGUCCCAGCACCUCUUUCUGAGAUCUUUCUGGGAAUGAUUUAUUGUAAGGAAAUACAUGGUCCUGAAACAUAACAGAUUUCCCCCCUCACUAAGAGGAGUCACUUUUUUCUUCCAUUCUGCCCUUCUCAAGUCGCCUUUUCAUAACAGGCGUGAUCCACGAAGGGCAGAGCGAGGAACAACGUCACCCACCUUUUCACCUGUCGUACACUGUUUGGAUAAUUACUGUCAUCAUGCACAAAGGCCCUCUCAAGGCCCUACGCUCACCUGCGAAUGGUGAGGCCCCCAGCCCCCAACAGCUUGUAGAUAACAAGGAAACAUUUCCCAUGUCCUGUUUCUGAACAGUGAUUCUACCAACAUUAGAGUUAAAAGAACCACUCAAAGCAUGUUUGAGGCUGAUUCAGCAAAGGGAUGACUUUUUUAACAUCUGUCAUAACCUAUCCUGAUGUACUAUUUAUAUACGCAUAUACACGCAUACACAUAUAAAUAAAUACAGACACAUACAUGUAUAGAUAGAUAAAUAGA